ACCCUCCGUGAUGAUAUUCGACACACCCUUCAGACUCUCCGUGAAAGUCGACAACCAAUACGGGUACAAAUGGAGAAGGUAUGGAUUUCGUUACUUAGUUUUCCAAAAAAUUUUAAGAGGUACUAUUCAUCAUUCAUAUUUUCAUAUAGGUCUCUCGGCUUUUAUUAAGUCGCAGGACAGUAGGAUCCCAAGAAGCUGCCUAUCGUAUGGCAAAUCUUCCUAUGAGACAUACGUCACGUGCAUUUGUAUACAUCCCGACCUAUCUACCUGGUGAUCGCAUCAGAUUGUUGAAGAAAAAUGCAUAUCUAGAAAGGGAUGAGGUACAAUUUGCAAGGUAUGUACAGUAAAAUUGCAUGAAAAAAAUGUAUAAAUAAAACAGGAAAUUUAAGUUGCCUAUUUUAAUUCUAGUAAUAUAAUUGACAAAUAUUGCAAUCGUCCUGAAGAUCUACGAAAUAUAUGUUUAUUCGAAUUCGCCUCCAAGUAUCAGCCCGUACGAAAUUAUCAACAGGUAGAUGAUGAUUUUGAUGAAGGAGAGGAACAAGAACACCAACUACUACAUGCCAAUCGAUUGAUGCCACGAUCUUUCUACCUUAAGGAUAGGUCUAUGGGACUCUGGAGAGAAAGAGCAAAGUACGCCGUAAUCAAGAGCCCACCAUUUCAUAGUGACUCCGACGCGGAAAACUUUAUCUACAGCCAUCUACUACUGUACGUUCCAUUCAUUGAGGAGAAUUUCACGGCGGACGGGGAAUCUGUUACAGAUGCAUUUGAGAAGAAUAAGGCCAAUAUUAGGACAACUUUGGACUUCCCUCUAAUACGUCCUGAUAUAGAGAAAGAUCUUGAAGCAGUAGCUCUUCAUCUAGCUGAUCUUAAUCAGGACCCCCAAGAAACGCUUGCAAUCCAUGAGGUCGAGGAGUAUCAAUACCUUCCUGACGUCUAUGACGGAAGUAAUGUGCUUCCAGCUCAAGAAGAAUAUAGGAUUGUACUUCUGAAUGAAGCCUGCUUCAUGGCUGAGAAGCUAAAAAUGAACCAAGACCAAAAAUUCAUAUACGACAUGAUUGAAGGACAUUUAUGCGAUCCUAGCAGAGGUCAACUACAACUUUUCAUUUCUGGAGCUGGUGGAACAGGAAAGUCGUUCCUAAUUUCCUUGAUGACGAACCUCAUCUGUGCGAAGGAAGAUGGACCAGGCCCAGCAGGUGUACUUUUGGCCGCCCCAACUGGAGUGGCAGCUUUAAAUAUAAAUGGACAAACCCUUCAUCGCACUUUCCAACUUGCUGUAGAAUCUGGUUCUGUUCCACGUUACGCUCCUCUUGGCGCAAUAAUGCUGCAGAGAAUGCGAGAUAAAUUUCGGGAUGUUGAGUGGAUCAUCAUGGAUGAAGUAUCAAUGAUAUCUUAUGAGUUAUUCCGUCAAGUAAGCCAACGUUUGGGAGAAUGUUUCGACAACACGCUGCCAUUUGGAGGGAAAAAUGUUAUUGUCGUGGGAGAUCUAUUCCAGUUGGAGCCUGUUAAUGGGCACUGCAUCUAUGAUCAGCCACGACAGUUAGGAGCGGAAGAAAACCUUUGGAAGAAUUUCGCUUUUAAAGAACUUACGGUCAACAUGCGACAGGGUCAAGAUCCACUCUUACAUAUCUGUAACAACCUACGAGAAGGAAACAUCACCACUACUGAUCUCCAUGAGUUGCGGAUGCGAGAGUUUAGUGAAGAUACUUCGAGCACCGCUAUGAAAGAUAAAUUCAAAGAUGCUAUUAGAAUAUUUCCUACAAGAAAUCAGGCAUAUAUUUACAACCGACUCAAGACCAGGACUUUUCGUAGUGACCCUCACAUAAAAGUCUAUACUAUCAAAGCGAGGGAUAGUUUCUUUUCUGGAACCAAAGCUGGAUCCCGUGCUCCGUUGGCAUAUAGCCACAGAGACAGCAAUAAAUGUGGUGGCUUCGUAAGUUCCAUUGACUUAGCAGUUGGAUCAAGAAUUAUGGUAAUCCGGAAUUCGCCGACAAACCGUUAUUUAGUCAAUGGCUCAAUGGGAACGGUCGUCGGGUUCAAGUGGGAAGAACUUGCAAGGGAACAACAUCAUCACGGCGAUCUCCCUUCAAGUGUAUUGGUGAAAUUUGACGAUUGGCGCAUUGCUGGGACUCGGGAAGGUGUCUAUGAGUUAAAACCUACAGAUGUGACAUACACAGGGAAAGCAAAGGAAGAAAUUCAAAGAUGGAUGCUACCUAUUGUCCUUUGCUGGGCAGUGACAGUGCACAAGGUACAGGGAAUCACCGUAGAUAAAGCAGUGAUCUAUUUGGGAGCCGAGAUUUUUGCCCAUGGGCAAGCCUACGUUGCCUUAAGUCGCGUCAGGACACUGGAUGGAGUCGCUAUAUUGGAACAGGACGACAACAAAUUAACUGCGAAACCACCCGACAAACUUAUAGCGGAGAUGGCUCGGCUGCGCGCCUUAUAGAUAUAUAUAGAGUAUCAAAAUAUUGUCAUGAUUUGUAAUAUUAACAAUUUGAAUCUCUUGAAUUAAAG